AUGUAAAUGAGUUUUAACUAGCAAUUUACUUAAAGCGGCUCAUUUCCCAUAUAGCAGUAUCCAAGUAUGAAUGGCUCUACUUAUUCUUACAGCAAAAGCAUAAAUAUGAACGCUAAGAAUCAAAGUGAUUUCAGGAAUUCUUUAUUUUCUACUAAUACGGAUGGACCAAGUUCAUCCUAGAUUCCACAAUAGUUUUAAGGAUAAUUUAGCAACAAUGAUUUACGCUUCUCUCCUCCCACUAGUUAUUAAUAGUAGCAGUAGUAGAAUAUAGAAAAGGGCUAUAUAGAGCAUUUAGAUUUAUCUACAUUCAAGAUUGAGAAGUGCAAAAUUACAGAAAAUCAUAACAUUUACAGAUGUCCUUAUUACCACAACUCAAAUGAUAGGAGAAGAGUUUGCUAGGUUUUAAGUGAAUAAUGCGAUUAGGGAGAUAGGUGCUCUUUAAAAGAUUAGUGCCCUAAAGCACAUAGCUCAGCUGAAGUUCAUUACUCAAAAGAUUAAUAUAAAAAGAAAUUUUGCAAACACAUUAAAAAUUUGAAUAAUUGCGAAUAUGGAAAUUAUUGUUCGUAUGCACAUAGUGAAUAAGAUAUUUUGAUUGAAUUGAUUCAUCUCCUUGAAAAGGAUGAUGAUUUUUACAUGUUUCAUUAUAAAACAGUCAUGUGUCCUUUCAUUGACUGUUAAUAGCGUGAUAAAUGUGAGUAUUAUCAUAACACUUAAGAUUUUAGAAGGAGACCAGAUUAAUACUCUUAUGAACCAGAGACUUGCCCAAAGUGGCCAUCAAAAGAUUAAAUAAAAUAGUAUGAAAAAGGAUGUCCAGAAGGUUAUAAUUGCAAUAAAUGUCAUGGAUGGAAGGAACUAGAUUACCAUCCAAAAGUAUAUAAAACAAGAAGUUGUGAAAAAUGUAAAAAGUAAUAGCACUGUCCUCAUUACCAUAACUCAAAAGAAAAAAGAUAAGUACCUGAUACAGUGUUACAAAAGAUAUUUAGAUUAGUACCAAAAAAUUCAUUUUACCUACAAAUGAAAAAAUAAUUAUCUUCGAGCUUAAAUAAUAGUCUGAAUAACAAUGAAAAUAGUAGCUUUACAACAAAUAAUUCUAGAAACAACAAUAGCUCUUUUAUGAAUAGCUAAAUAUAGCCUAAUCCUGCUUCUAAUUCAUACUAAAGCAAAAUACUUAGUUAAUCUAAUGUUUCUUAACAAGAUAUGUUUAUGCUUAAUCAAAAUAUUUUAUAAUUCUAAAAUUCCAUGAUCAAUAACAAUGGAGCUAACUCCUCUAUUCAACUAGGACUUAAUGGAGCAAGAGGAAGUAAUAUGCCAUAAAAUAUGGGUUCUAUGCACUUUUAAAUUUUCAAUGACUAAAUUUCUAACCCCUCUAAUUUUUAAGUUAGCCCUCAAUAAAUGGCUUCUUCUGACUUUUUAACAUAAUCAUAAAUGUACUAAUUUAAAUAACAAUUUCAAGUAUUUAAUCCUCAAGAUUCGUACUCUGAGAGCUAAGUUUUGAACAAUUUUGAAUAGUCCAACAGAUUCAAUGAAUCUAAUAAUCUUUAAAUCAUUAAAGAGAGUCCGCACACAUCUAAUUUAUCCUCCAGUAUUGCUUAAAAUACUUAAAAUAGCAAUAAUUGGGUGAGCAAUAAUCAACAAUGCGAAAGUGAUGAAGAAAAUAGCAGCCCAAAUUUUAGCAAUAGAAAAAGGAGCAAUAGCGAAGGAGAAAUGAAUGAGUAAUUAUAAAAAUUGCACCUUUCAUAAAAUUAAUAUUGUUCACGCUCUUAAAAUGAUUUAAACAACUCAGACAAAUCAAAUAGUCACAGUAAAGCCUCUGGAUAAUCUCCAAUAAAGCAAGCAAAUAAAAAAUCUAAAAACAAGCAAUAAUAUAUUGUUAAGGAAUACAGUGACUCAAAUUCAUAAGGAUCAAGAAACUAACUUAGUGAUGAUUAUAAUCAAAGUCAAAACAAACCAAAUUACAGUUUAUUUGAUCAAUCUAAGACAGGUAAAUAAUAAUUCAUAGUAAAAUAUAAAUAUUUAUAAUAUAUUAAAAACUUUAGUAGUAGAUAAACAUAUUGA